UUACAUGUUCACAAUUACCAAAAUUCAAAAUAAAUCAAAUAAUAAUAUAAAUAUACACAUCAAAUUCUGAAAAUUACAAAAAACAGGUCCCUAAAAAGUCUAGGAACUGCAAAGGCCCUCUGGAACUGUAGGAGCAGCGGCGACGCGUGUGCUCCACGCGCGUCUGCCAUUAGCGGCGCGUGGGUUCACGCGCCGCCGCAAAAAAGACCAGCGACAGGGGAGAUCCGAAACGACUUCCUCCUCCUCUUCCCUUUUGCACCGGUGGUGAGAAGCAAUGUCACCUACAAAGCAGCAAAAUCGCAACAACACUGACGACUCCAAGGUGAGGGUGGAGGCUGCUGUACUAGACCAAGGUGGGUUAUGUGGGUUCUGUCGUGCUUGGAUUGCUGGCCGUGGCCUCGACGAUACUAGAGCUGACGGUGGCGCUGGGUGUUGCUGUGGCGCUGUUGUCGCGGUGGGACUGAGAGAAGACUGGAAAGAAGACAGUGGGGUUGCCGCUGUGUUCGGCUUGAGGAAGAAAGGAGCCGCUGUGGGGCUGGUCUCCUGUGUCAGUGGGCGGCAGCUCUGGUUUGGCCAAGAGACGGAGGCGGUUGGGGAAGAAGAAGGAGGGGUUCGGGUCUGUCGGGUUGUUGGUUCAAGGAGAGGAAAUGCAAAGGUGAAGGAAAUGGGGGGCAGUGUGUUGACGACCAGGAGAGGGACGUUGUGGCUGGGUGAAGAGGAUAAUGGGAAGAGAAUGAGGCUCUCGAUUCAAUAAAGAGGAAGAUGGGGCUGUUUCAGGUGCAAAAAUCGCAGACCAAAAGGGGGGUGCGACCAGUAGGGAGAGACAACCGUGAGGUUCUCUGGUUUUGGUCCCCAGCGAGGGGAAAGGCGGCGGUUUGCAAAGAAGACAGAUUAUUUAGGGGUUCUUUGGGUUUUAGGGUUUUUCUUGUGAAUUUUCCACCCCUCCUCCCAUUCACAUUUUCUCUGCCCCUGUAUUAAAAAUUUUCACUUCUCUUUAUAGAUAACAAAAUUUGUUAUUUUUAAUUGCUUGGUCCCCAAGCAACCAAAAAACAAA